AUGGACGAGAAACCCGAGCUUGUCAGUCUCGCAGAUACCGAAAAGAAUGUUAGAGAUCCAUUGCCAAGGAAGUUGGCCGAAUUUGAAGACCCGGAUGCUGGGCUGAGUGAGGAGGAGAAAGCUGCUAUUGAUCGCCGUCUUCUUUGGAAACUCGAUCUUCGUCUUGUGCCGUGGCUGAGUCUGCUAUACUUGAUCUCAUUCCUCGAUCGGACCAACAUUGGCAAUGCAAAGAUAGAUGGUCUAGCCAAGGAUCUCGGGUUGUCUCCCAACCAAUACAACGCCACCCUCACUAUCUUUUUCGUCUCUUAUUCGGUGUUCGAACCAUUGACCAAUAUCCUCCUCAAACGAUUACGACCGAGUAUUUUUAUCCCGAGCAUCAUGCUGGCAUGGGGCGUCUGUAUGACUUGUAUGGGUCUCGUCAAAAACUACUCGGGAUUGAUGGCGGUCAGAUGGUUCUUGGGACUCAGCGAGGCUGGUCUGUUCCCGGGUGUAGGAUACUUUCUCUCAUGUUGGUACCGCCGUUCCGAAUUUGGUGUCCGCAUGGCCAUCUUCUUUUCUGCGGCCGCGUUAGCCGGGUCCUUCGGUGGUCUCCUGGCGGCAGCGAUCGCCAAGAUGGAUGGAAUUGGGAACAAGCCCGGGUGGGCCUGGAUCUUCAUUCUCGAAGGUCUGCUGACCAUCGUGGUCGGCGUGGUCUCGUUCUGGUUUGUGUAUGAUUUCCCCGACGAGGCGACCUUCCUCUCCCCAGAGGACCGUAUACGAGUCCUGCGCCGAUUGGCCGCGGAUCAGCAGUCGAGCGCGGAACAUGAAGAGUUCAAAAUGUCCUACUUUUGGGCAAGUGUGAAGGACUGGAAGACCUGGCUGGGGGCCAUAAUCUACAUGGGCGCAGACGGAUCAUUGUAUGCAUUCUCGUUGUUUGUGCCGACGAUUAUCAAUGAACUAGGUACGUUUGAACGAUGCUGGUAUCGGUAUCCCACUGUAGGCUAUAGUUCCAUCCGUGCGCAAUUGCUCAGUGUGCCCCCGUACGCCGCCGCCGCCAUCCUCACCGUCCUCAUCGGAUUCAUCGCGGAUCGUACACGCCAGCGGGGCCUCUGCAACAUCGGGGUCUCUCUUCUCGGAAUGGUGGGCUUUGCCAUGCUCUUGGGAUGCAAUUCUCCUGGGGCACGGUAUGCUGGGGUCUUUCUCGGCGCCAUGGGCAUAUACCCAGCUAUCUCCAAUACCAUUUCCUGGGCGAGCAACAACAUCGAAGGAGUCUACAAACGGGGCGUCUCCUUGGGCUUCAUCAUAGGAUGGGGAAAUCUGAAUGGGAUUGUUUCCUCCAACAUUUACCGCGAGAAGGAUAAGCCUCGGUACUACCCGGGCCAUUCGGUCGUAUUGGGUUACUUGGUUCUGUUUCUGUUCGGUGGAUCGGUGGUGCAAUACUGGCUGUUGCGUCGCGAGAACGCGAAGCGCCGUCGUGGCGAGCGCGAGUCGUGGAUUCAGGGACUGGAUCACAGUCAGAUUGAGCUGUUGGGCGAUAAAAGGCCUGACUUUAUAUACACGCUCUGA